UGAGACAGCGUGUACCACACAAUGGUAAGGAAAUAAGUGUACAGUAAUUAUCGACAGGGUAGGUGUCCGGGUAUUUAUUCUCCGGGUCUUUAAAUCACAAACAUACUGUAUUAACGUUCGGUAACUAUGUAGCAUGUCCAGACGUUUGUGUUGCCAAGUGGAUUUGUCGAUCGUGAAGAAGAGAAUUUAGUUCCGGGAGUAACACAAAACUAGAAGGAAGGAAGUCUUUCUCCAGCAUGGGUGUUAUGCGUACAGAGAAGCCAUGUUUAUGACAGAAAUACGAAAGAGAUAAGAAUCGCCAUGCUGCGAAAGACGAUUAAAAAGCUUCUGGUCGUGGUCUCCAUGGUGACGUUUCUUGUGGUGAUGUACAUGGUCACGUGGUCUUACGACGCCGGAUCGCUAAAUCGUAAUUAUCAUCUUCCAGCACAGAAGCAAGUGCCUCUGUUGAAAAUGGUGACGUCACCUACUGGGCGUAAAACGUCAUUACUUGAGAAGUCUGACGAUUACGUGGUACCCAAUAUUGUCCAUUUCACGUGGAUUGGAGAACGCUUAUAUUUACAAUUUCAUCAUUUUCUGAGUAUAAAGUCAGCAGCCAUUUUUAUUCGACCGGACUACAUCUACCUUCAUUGUGACUAUGAACCCGUUGGUAUUUGGUGGAAGACCCUUCGGAGCAUCGUCAAAAUACAAGUGAUAAGGGUAAAUCCACCAUCUUCCAUAUUUGGUCAUAGGGUGAAACGCCCUGAACAUAAAUCCGAUCUUAUAAGGUUAGAUGUUUUAAAGGAACAAGGUGGUAUAUUUCUUGAGAGUGACAUCAUCGUGUUAAAGUCGUUUGCGCCUUUAAGGAAAUACGAUUUUACAAUGGGUUUGGAAUACCAUGGAAACCCGGGUAGAUUAAAUAACGGCAUUAUUAUUGCUAAGAAAAAUGCAACAUUCUUGAAUAUUUGGCGGGAAACAUUUCGUAAUUUUACAGAACGUGAAUGGGACCAACAUAGUUCUAUCAUACCGUACAACUUACAAUACCAGUUUCCGCACUUGAUACACGUGGAGGAGAAGAGCCUGAAUUAUCCAAGCGGACCAGACCGCCGGCUCAUUUAUGAUGACAUUUACGACUGGAGAGGUAACUAUGCUAUACAUCUGUGGUAUGAACUUCACGCGCUCACGCACUCGCCAGUUGAUAUAAAGUCCAUGAACACGACAUUUGGACAAAUUGCCCGGUAUGUGUAUUACAACUCGACGAAGCUAAUGUAAAAAUACUGUAUGUGAAUCUGUUGGUGGGACCGUUUUAAGAAUGACGUUCGGAGCAACAUCUCGAAGUUGACAUGUCAAAAUGUCUGAUUAUUUUGUCAUUAUCACUUUUAGCCCUUAAUGGAGUUGGACUGUGUCGAUUUGUAAUGCAUGGAAAUAAUUAUGAAUGUCAAUAUUGACCAACAUAAGCGACAUUUUAGAGAGUGUGGCAAGGGGAUGAAAAACAGCCAUAGGCAUGUUCUAAUAUUCGGUGGCACAUUACCUACACUUACAGGUACACACUUAAACAGCUUACCUGUGUCAUGGCGCUACAACAAAGGACGAACCACAACACACUAACACUGAAUACAGGAUAUGAGAAAACGCGUUCGCGUAUGUCUAACUGUGAUAAACUAUUUAUUGUUUAUUUAUUUAUUUGACAAUCCGAAACAAAUUAAGUCAACUGAUGCUAAUCACUCUUGAUGGUUCGGCCAGAACACGAAUGGUCUUACUGUGGAAAGAAACUCAAGUCCAACGAGAAAAUCCAUGUGAUUUGGCAAGUGUCCUCAUGCCUUUUCACGUCCGAUCGGGGAAUCGAGCCCCGGCCGCCUAGAUGAAAGGCAGGUGUGUUAACACUGUGUCACCCGACCACCCAUCUAUUACUUUUCGCGGUCCAGUUUGCCGAGAAAGCUUCCUUUUAUCUAAUCAUCAAUUGCAAUUUUCACACAACGAACCGCCAAUCGGAAUACGUCGGCAACUAUCGUUUUUUCCCCCGAGCUUUCCGAAAAGUCCCGAAUAUGUCCGAUAUAUUUUUGUAUCCCUAGUCAUACUCGAUUCAUUUACCAUUUGAUCGUUAUUGAUUAAAUCAAAUAAAUUUGUGAUAAAAUUAAUUUGGUGGAAAAAAGUAAGUUAUUGAAUAAAGUUGUUACAAGUCUA